GAACGCUGGGCACAGGCCGUCCGUCAGUGCGAGCCGAGUCGGCAGAGGAGCGUUUGGAGGAGACACCCGGCGCUGCUGGGACAGGGACUCUCCGAGCGCUCGCCGUUGACGUGCGCCAUGUCCGCGAGGAAGCAGACGGCCCCCGACUCGAUGGAGCAGGCGUGCCUGCUGUGUCGCCGGGCAGAGGCUGACCCGGCUCUCUGCGGGGACAAACUGGAGAAGCGAGGGCUCUGUGCCCACGUCUUUUGCCUGUUUUUUGCCAACAAGCUUUUUCAGCAACGGAGUAGGGAUGGGGUUCGCCUUGAGGAUAUUCGACGUACAAUCGCGCAGGCAGCGCAGAAGCACUGCUUCGUCUGUGGCGAGAGCGGGGCCGCCAUCUCCUGCCGGGAAAUGGGCUGCGACCGCAGCUUCCAUCUCCCCUGUGCCGUGGAGGGUGGAUGCAUCACCCAGUUCUUUGGGCUCUACAGGGCCUUCUGCUGGGAGCACCGCCCAGAGCAGGCAGUGGAGGCGGCUCCGGAGGAGAACACCACCUGCCUCAUCUGCCUGGAGCCUGUGGGGGAGAGAAAGUCCUACAGCACCAUGGUGUGCCCAGCGUGCAAACACGCAUGGUUCCACAGGGGCUGCAUCCAGAAUCAGGCUAUCCACGCUGGCUUCUCCUGCUUCCAGUGCCCACAUUGUCAAAAUGAAUAUCGAUUCCUGAUGGAAAUGCUCACCAUGGGGAUCCAAAUCCCCAGGAGAGGACCAUCAUGGGAGGAUGAUGGUGCCUAUGAACAAUUAUAUGAGAGGCAUAGCCGCUGCGAUGCCAGGGAGUGCCUUUGUCCAGGAGGCAGGGAGCAGGCAGAGGAAGAGGGGCCCUGGCAACUGCUCCUGUGCUGCUCCUGCGCUGCCGAGGGCACCCACAGACGCUGCUCCUUCAUGAAGCAUAGCACAACUAGUUGGGAGUGCGACGUGUGUGCUGGCCUGGGCACCGCCUCCAGUGCCAGCUCGGAGCUCGCCGGCCCCAGCGCUGCCGGCCAGGCAGGAUCGGGGCCUUCCCAUGGCUCGCCGGCACCCGACACCAGCAGCCCCAGCACUGGGAGCCAGGUGGCAUUCGGGCCACCCCACGGCUCCCUGGCACCCAGCACCCCCAGCCAGGCGGCGCUGGGGCCGUCCCACAGCUCCCCGGCACCCGAGACCAGCAGCCCCAGCACCGCCAGCCAGGCAGCAUCGGGGUCCUCCAGCGGCUCCCCAGCGCUCGAGAGCAGCAGAAGCUCCAGCCCCCCUGGGCCCGUGCGGGUGCGAGACCGCUCCCGCUUGCAACGCCGGGAGCAAAACCCCUACAGCCGGCCCGGACGCCGCCGCGGGACCAGCCGUGCGCCAUCCCCGAGCGCUGGUCCUGAUCCCCCUCCACCCGUACAAUAA